AUGAACAAGUUCUUGGUAGAGUUUCAGAGCGCAACUGAGAAACACAGGGUCCUUUUGGAACGUCCUUGGUCCUUUGACAAGUUCCUACUGUGCAUCCAAGAUUGUGUAGGUUGCACUACUUCAAAGGAUAUUACUUUUACUAGGGAGUCCUUCUGGAUACAGCUUCAUGAUCUACUGUUUGUUGGGAUGAACAAAACCAUGGGAGAAAGACUGGGUGCAACUAUAGGCUUUGUGAUCACGGUAGAUGUUGAUGCUAAUGAUAUGGCAUGGGGUAGUUACGUGAGAGUGAAGGUAUUAGUUGAUAUUUCAAAACCAUUAGCCAUAGGUCAUUUUCUGAAUAUGGGUGAAAAACGUCUCUGGAUCUCAUUCAAAUAUGAGAGAUUACCAAUGUUUUGCUUUCAAUUUGGUGUCAUUAUGCAUGUUAAACUAAGGUGUCCAAGUUCUACUUCUGAUGGAGGAUCAAGGGAAGGGCAACCAGCUCAAUACGGUCCAUGGUUAGGGCCGGUCCCCAGCCAAAAGCUGCCUAGAAUUUCAAUAGAAGGAGGAAAUGGUUUGAAGAUUCAGACAAUUGGGCCAAAACAAGUCUGA